AUGUCGAUAGUUUCCCCCCUGGCGAGGCUGCAGCGCAGAGACAAGUGUCUUCUGUUCGGCACGAUCUUGCUGCUCGGAACUGUGGCAGUCUUCCUUGAGAUGAUCGGUACUGAGGCAUGGAACGAUUACACAGGCCUGAAAGCUUACAGUGUCAGCAACAUCUGGAGGAAAUCCAUUUCUGACAACUGGGAAACUCAAAGAGAGGAGCUGAGAACAGAGAGACAGGGACAGUCAGACAGAGGCAUAGACUCUCAGUAUAAGGGACGGGCCAAUCUGCACGCGUUUGAGGACUGGUGCGGCAAAUCUAUAGCUGAGCUCCGCAAGAACCCGCACUACCCGCUGUAUCCUCACUCCAGAAGUACAGUACUGAAGCUGGCCGUCAUUCCUAAGUGGACUAACUAUGGACUCAGGAUAUUUGGCUAUCUGCAUCCAUAUACUGACGGAGAGUUUGUUUUUGCUUUGAGCUCUCAGGACAACUCUGAGUUGUGGCUAAGCACAGACGACUCCCCCCUCAAUUUGCAGUUACUGGGAUGGGUUGGAAAGACUGGCACAGAGUGGACCGCCCCUGGCGAGUUUGAGAAAUAUAUUAGUCAGCUAUCCAGACCAGUGAAGCUUUCUGCAGAGAGGAAAUACUUUUUUGAACUUCUCCACAAGCAGGACCAUGAAGGGACAGACCAUGUGGAGGUGGCGUGGCAGCUCCAGGGUGAAGGCUCCAGAUUCACGGUUAUUGAAUCCCAGCACAUCUCUCUCUAUGUUGAUGAGUCUGCUAUGGUAGCGGGUGAUGUUGAACACAUACCUCAGACAGCUGCAAGCAACUACAACACGAAACAGAGCAGCUCUACAGUCGACAUGCUGAGGGAGGACCCACGAGACAUUCUUUACCAAGUGCCUUUGACAAACAGCAAGUUCCUACAAGAUGUUUUGCCAGACUGCGAGUACAAACCCAGCUACACAAUCAAAGGUGUUCAUCUGGGCCGCUAUCAAGGACUAAAUUAUGUCAAAUCGUCCUUCAUCUACCCUAAUGACCACACCCGACUCACACACAUGGAGUCCGAGAAAAGCUGCUUCUAUCCCCCCAACUCCGGUUUCUCUGGAUACAUGAAACUAGACAGUCCUGACCUGCUGGAACAAGAAAACACAAACACAAAUCGGAAUCUGAUGGGGGAGAAAUCGGUCAUAAAUGAGAAGGAAAAGGAAAUCUCGCAAGACACACUUUUUCGAGACUAUGAAAAAGAUUCUGAGGGUUUUGCUGAGAAAUUCCGGCAGAUACUCCAGUCGUUACCCCUGCAGAAAGACGACACAAAGCCUCAUCCUCAGGCUGAGUCAGGGAAACCAGACAAGCUUCUGUUGUUAGAGAAGACCCAAAUUGUGAGCAAGGAGCGGAGGAUUGUAAAAAGAUCACUAAAGCUCCUGCAGGUAAAGAAUGUCAACCCUGGGAUGAACUGGAGGCAGACCUUCCAGAUCAACCACCUGGACUAUCGGGCACAUAAUUCAGAUGCAAUGGAAGUGAAGUGCAAAAUUGCUGGCAGUCUGCUUAUCAACUCCAAUGAUGUUCUGCCAGUGGUCAAGGAUUUCAUGGACAAACUCAACAAAAAACAUAACGGGCGGUUCACGUUGGUGCGAGUGGUUAACGUGGUGAAGCGUGUGGACCCAGCCAAAGGAAUCCGCUACCUCCUGGAGCUGCUGCUGAAAGACAUGAACGGCCAGAUGCUGCGUCUGUCACAAUACGUCUACGCUACGACUCCGCAACCUGAGCUGGUGCUGUGUAACCCAGUGGCCUUCAGCUGGAACCCUCUUGCCACCGUCCACAUCAUAGUUCCAGUGAAAAACCAGGCUCGGUGGGUGCACAAGCUGAUUAUUGAAAUGGAGAACGUGUUCAGAGAAUCCGGAGACACCAACUUCAAACUCAUCGUCAUUGACUACGACAGCACUGACAUGGACGUGGAGAAGGCUCUAAAGAACUCGUCACUCCACAGGUACCAGUAUCUGAAGCUGAGUGGAAACUUCCAGCGCUCUGGUGGUCUGCAAGCAGGAGUCGACCUUAUAAAAGAUCAACACAGCAUAGUGUUUCUUUGUGACCUCCACCUCCAAUUCCCUACCUCCAUAAUCGACAGCAUCAGGAAACACACUGUGGAGGGACACAUGGCCUUUGCUCCCAUAAUCAUGAGACUGGACUGUGGGGCUACACCACUGGAGGCCAGAGGUUUCUGGGAGGUGGAUGGCUUUGGCCUGCUUGGAAUCUAUAAGUCUGAUCUGGAUGCAGUGGGAGGAAUGAACACCAAAGAAUAUACAGACCGCUGGGGAGGGGAAGACUGGGAGCUACUCGACAGGAUCAUUAAUUCAGGACUGGAAGUGGAUAGGGUCUACUUGAGGAACUUCUUCCAUUUCUUUCACUCCAAACGUGGCAUGUGGAACGAGCAGCUUUCAACCAAAAAGUGACCUCACCAUCCGUCGCAGCACACUGACAUUACCACAGGCUCAACCAGAGUGCUUAAAGGACAGAUAAUGUUACUGCUACUACUACUGACUGACAGGGAUUAACACAAGAUGAGGAAAUUAGGGCUGAAUACAGUCAAGAAGAACAAUAAGAAGACUACUGUGACGACCCAGAGUAUAUUUACCUGGAAGUACUACUGAUGCCGAUGACUGCCACUGACUAUUUGAUAUUGUAUAUAAACAUACUGACAUGUUGGUCCCUAUGGCCAUGAUUAUUUGCACUAUACUCACUGCCAAGACCGAACCUGUUCCAAAGACGGAUCAGAAAUGAAAUGGUGGUGCAUAGUGUCCUGUAUCACGAAGAUCCCACAUGUUGCAUGAGUUUUAAAUGUUUGUAUACGACUCAAGGUUAUCUUUUGUUCUCUAUCACAGCCUUUUGUUAUGGUGCGGUUUAACAAUUUAUUUAUCUUAUUGGUGUUUUUUAAUGUUAUUUCUAGAACAAAAAGGCCCUGACUCAGUUUCUCUACUUUGUUCUCAUUCAUAUAAAAUGUGUCUUUUACUGUUGGUUAUUCAGGUACUGAGGGAAUGUUUUA